UCAAGCCAACGAAAUUCAUUUAGUUGUAUAGAGAUACUCACUGUUUGAACCUAAUCUUUGUUUAUUCAGUGUUUAAUGAUGGAUAUUGAUCAUGAAGAGUCGAUUAUGAGGAAAGAUGAUUUUCUUCCUGAAAAUGUUGAUAUCAAAGUAGAAAUAGUAAAAGAAGAGAUGAAAGAAGAUUUGUUGGUCAAAUGUGAAGCCUGUAAGGAGUCUAUAAGUGGAACGAUCUGCAUUCAUAACAUGAAAUUUGCAGGUUCUGAUGAGGGAAUAAAAAAUGAAAUAAUGGAUAACCAGAUGGUCACAGCGCAGGAACUGGAAGAUUCCAAAGUCAAGUGUACUGAUUUAGAAUUAACACUAGACCAGGAAAGUUCCGUUGAUACUGAACAAGUUUUGUCAUUCAACACCCACAUUGUCAAAAGUGAAAUCAAGAGUGAAAUAGAGGAUGAGCAGGAUGAAGACAAUGUUUUUUAUGAAAAUUCAUGUGAAAAAAUUACCAAUACAGAGGCCUGUUUGAAGUCUGAUAUGUUAUAUCCAGAUAAUUUUGUGCAGGUAUCCUCCAAAGAAUCUCGGAAGAAUACUGAAACUGAGGAAAGAGAAUGUGCAGAUGAAAAACUCUUUCAGUGUAAUUUCUGCUCUAGAUCAUUCGCUCACUUCAAGAACUUCAAGAACCAUGAGAGAUACCACAAAACUGAAACAUCACAUAGUUCUACAAUUAAGUCAGAAAAAAAGGAGUAUAAAUGUGAAAUCUGUUCGAAAUGUUUUUUCCGUAGUUCAACCUUGAAAAGGCAUUUUAAAAUUCAUUCAGGGGAAAAACCAUACAAAUGUGAAAUCUGUUCAAAAUCUUUUUCAGAAAAUUCUACCUUGAGAAGGCAUUAUAAAAAUCACACAGGGGAAAAACCAUAUAAAUGUGAAAUUUGUUUAAAAUCUUUUUUCUCCAGAUUUGAGCUAAAAAGGCAUUCCAAAAUUCACAUAGGAGAAAAGACUUAUACAUGUGAUAUCUGUUUAAAAUCAUUUUCUGAUAGUUCCCUGUUACGAAAACAUUCCAGAAUUCACACAGGGGAAGAAACAUAUAAAUGUAUAACAUGUUCAAAAUGUUUUCUAUAUAGUUUUGCCCUAGCGAGGCAUUCCAAAAUUCAUACUGGGGAAAAACCUUAUAAAUGUGAAAUCUGUUCAAAAUCUUUUGUUGAUAGUUCUAAUAUGCAGAGGCAUUAUAGAAUUCACACAGGGGAAAAACCAUAUAAAUGUGAAGUUUGUUCAAAAUCUUUUUUCUCUAGAUUUGACCUGAAUCGGCAUUCAAGAAUUCACACUGGAGAAAAGUUCUUUAAAUGUGAAAUCUGUUCAAAAUCUUUUUAUGAUAGUUCAAAGUUACGAAACCAUUCUAGAAUUCACACAACAGAUGAGAAAUAUAAAUGUAAAACCUGUUCAAAAUGUUUUUUAGAUAGAUUUGGCCUAGCGAGACAUUCCAAAAUUCAUACAGAAGAAAAACCUCAUAAAUGUGAAAUCUGUUCAAAAUCUUUUCUCGAUGUGUCCAACUUGCAGAGGCAUUCCAGAAUUCAUGGGGGAGAGAAACCAUUUAAAUGUGAAAUCUGUUCAAAAUCUUUUUUAGAAAGUUCCACCCUGAAAAGGCAUUCUAGAAAUCAUACAGGAGAAAAACCAUAUAAAUGUGAAACUUGUUUAAAAUCAUUUUCCGAUAGUUCAUAUCUGAAGAAGCAUUCCAGAAUUCAUACAGGAGAAAAGUCUUAUAAAUGUGAGACCUGUUCAAAAUCUUUUUCAGAAAGUUCUGCCUUGAAGAAGCAUUUAAGAGUUCACACAGAAGAAAAACUAUAUAACUGCGAAAUCUGUACAAAAUCAUUUCUCACUAGUUCUCUUUUGAAAAGGCAUUCUAGAAUUCAUACAGGGUGUUUAAUGAUGGAUAACAAUCAUGAAGAGUUGAUUAUGAGAAAGGAUGAUUUUCUUACUGAAAAUGUUGAUAUCAAAAUAGAAAUAGUAAAAGAAGAGAUGAGGGAAGAUUUGAUGAUCAAAUGUGAAGCCUGUAAAGUGUCUAUAAGUGGAACGAUCUGCAUUCAUAGUAUGAAAUUUACAGGUUCUGAUGGGGGUAUAAAGAAUGAAGUGAUGGAUAACCAGAUGGUCACAGCCCAGGAACUGGAAGAUUCCAAAGUCAAGUGUACUGAUUUAGACCAGGAAAGUUCCGUUGAUACUGAACAGUUUUUGUCAUUUAACACGGACAUUAUCAAAAGUGAAAUCAAGAGUGAAAUAGAGGAUGAAGAUGAUGUUUUUUAUGAAAAUUUUAGUGAAAAUAUGACCAAUACAAAUUCCUGUUUGAAGUCUAAUAUGUUAUAUCCUGAUAAUUUUGUGCGGGGAUCCUCCAAAGAAUCUCAGAAGAAUAUUGAAACUGAGGAAAGAGUGUGUACAGCUGAAAAACUCUUUCAAUGCCAUUUCUGCUGUAGAUCAUUCACUCACCUCAGUCACUUGAAGAACCAUGAGAGAUACCACAAGUCUGAAACAUCACAUAGUUCUACAGUUGGUUCAGAAAAGAAUGAGUAUAGAUGUGAAAUCUGUUCAAAAUCUUUUUUCCGUAGUUCUACCUUGAAAAGGCAUUCUAAAAUUCAUAUGGGGGAAAAACCAUACAAAUGUAAAAUCUGUUCGAAAUCUUAUUCAGACAAUUCUACUUUGAGAAGGCAUAAUAAAUAUCACACAGGGGAAAAACCAUAUAAAUGUGAAAAUUGUUUUAAAUCUUUCUUCUCUAGAUCUGAUCUUAAGAGGCAUUCCACAACUCACAUAGGAGAAAAUGCUCGUACAUGUGAUAUCUGUUCAAAAUCUUUUUCUGAUAGUUCCCUGUUACGAAAACAUUCCAGAAUACACACAGGGGAAGGAACGUAUAAAUGUAUAACAUGUUCAAAAUGUUUUUCAUAUAGUUCUGCCCUAGCGAGACAUUCCAAAAUUCAUACUGGGGAAAAACCCCAUAAAUGUGAAAUCUGUUCAAAAUCUUUUAUUGAUAGUUCUAAUAUGCAGAGGCAUUAUAGAAUUCACACAGGGGAGAAACCAUACAAAUGUGAAAUCUGUUACAAAUUUUUUUCAGAAAUUUCUAACUUGAAGAAACAUUCCAGAAUUCACAUAGGAAAAAAACCAUAUAAGUGUGAUAUUUGUUCAAAAUCAUUUUUUGGAAGUUUUGACCUGAAAAUGCAUUCUAGAAUUCACACAGGAGAAAAGCCUUAUAAAUGUGAAAUCUGUUCAAAAUCAUUCCUUAAUAUCUCCAAGUUACGAAAGCAUUCUAAAAUUCACACAGGAAUAAAACCAUACAAAUGUGAAAUAUGUUCGAAAUCUUAUUCGGAAAAUUCUUCCUUGAGAAAGCAUUAUAAAAAUCACACAGGGGAAAAACCAUAUAAAUGUGAAAUUUGUUUAAAAUCUUUUUUCUCUAGAUUUGAUCUAAAGAGACAUUCCAAAAUUCACACAGAAGUCUUAUAAUUGAAAUCGGUACAAAAUAAUUUCACACUAGGUCUCUUUUAGAAAGGCAUUUUAGAAUUCUUAUAGGGCAUUGGUUAAUAGUGUGAUUUUUAAUACGUUUAUGAAUCUGAAUGUUUCACUGUAUGAAAGCUUCUCAGGAUAUAUUGGGCAAGAAACUGUGCUUCUCAGUUAUUGUGUGAAACACCAAUAAAAAUUGCAAAUGAAAUUUCAACAAAUUGAUCAAGUGAUUGAUUACUUGUAAUGUGGUUGCCGAAAAACCAUAUAAAUGUAAAAUCUGUUUAAACUCUCAGAUAGAUAUGCCUUCGUUAUGCAUUUCAGAAUUCACACAAGGAAAAAAACAUGAUGCCUGGGGAAAGUUUUGCAGUAUUUAAUGUAAAUAAAUCGAAAUCAAAUAUAGUAGAAAUAAAAUGUAUUAUAUCACAAAAAACUAAACUUGAGCGAAAUGAACAAUUUUGUUACAGAAGUUGAAUAUUUAAGAUUCAUGAUGAAUAACUUUACACUUGAUUAUGUACAAAAAAAAAAAUCAGAAAUAAAUGACUUAUUCCAAGAAUAUCUUCACAUUUAUGUGUCUAUCCCAGACUAACUAUUUGAAAUAUAACCGUAUUUUGAGUAUUG